AUGGAAAUGUGCGAACUCGUCCACUGUCAGAGCUCACAGAGCAAUUCCUACUAUGGAGAGCUGUGGGGUAGCCUCAUGCACAGGGAAAUGCAGCAGUGGAUUGCAGAGCACAGAUCACGUGAUCCCGAGACCACACCCCCUGAAUCACGUGAUCCACAGCCCCACCCUCCUCCCUACGUCCCCUGCGAGGGAGAGAGUGUAUUGGAGAUAGUUCGACCUCGUCUUUCUUCCUCGGUCACUAACCUGGUGGAGCUCAUACACACACAGGGAGAGGAAAGGUGUGGCGGUGAGGACGUGGAAGUUGUGACUAGUGAACAUGACACUGAGGAGGGUGCUGUUGGUGAAGGUGGGAGUGGAGAUUGCGAGGAGAGUUCUGUUGGUGAUGGUGGGAGUGAUGAGACGGAUAAAGCUAAUGUUGAUGAAGCUCCGCCCACUACACAACAAAUUGAUCUUCUGUCGGAGAGAGAUGGUGGAUCUGAUCACGGAGAGCAGCUGCAGUCGCUACAUAGAGUUCAGGGCAGUCAGCGGGAUAUUCAGCUACAAACACAACUCAAUCUUGUAGCAAUGAAGAGUGAAUCUACUCUCAUGUUCUACGAAGUUCCAGAAAAGUCGCCAUAUCUCUCACAAGAUCGCGAGAUUUCUGCAGUUGACACAUCCAUCAUCCCAGUUGGCUACCAUGUACAGAGAAAGAGUCAGAGUGAGUUCCACAGCGACCUGUUCCCAGACACUGCCGGCAGUGAACCAGCACUCACUGCAGACCAGUGGUGCCAAGGACAAAAUGGGAAGGUAGCUAAAGUCAGUUUGGAUCCAAAGGGACAACCGAAAGCCGCAUCCCAACCAAAAUCACACUCCAAACAGAACGGAACGAAAUCCCCAGAAAUCGGACCACCCUCUGAGGGGAAAUCCCCCACCCCAGUCGGGAAAUCCCCUACCCCAGGGGGAAAUUCCCCCACCCCAGUCUCUCGCUCCGUGUCUGAAGAAGAAUCUCGGUCGUCUUCCUUCAGCCCGACGCCCAAAGUGCUGAACAUCGUGCGUUCGUCAAAGUUUCGUCACAUCCAGGGAGGGACGCUGCAUCGAAGCACACACAUUGAGAAGCUGCCUAAACUGAGUGUGGCAGUGCCUGGAGACAGCAAUGGCUUCCAGGCAAACAGAGAUUUCGUGGCUGCAGCUCUUGACAUCGCUGGCGGACAGAUUGGCAUCUUCAAGCUGACUCACACAGGUCGUCAGGACACGGACGAAGUUUUGAUGUUUCAGAAUUCGGCAAAUAUCAUGGACUUUGUCUUCGAUCCUUUCAACAACCACAGACUAGUAGUAGCCUGUGAUGAUGCCAGGAUCAGGGUGUGGAAGGUGCCAGAAGGAGGCAGAGGAGGCACAGUCAAAGAACCAGAGUUCUUCUUCAUCGGCCACCAGGAGAAGCCCAACCUCCUGUGUUUCCACCCCCAGGCCUCCUCUCUCCUGGCCACUGCUGGGUUUGACUGCCACCUCUUCAUCUGGGACCUUGAGGAGAGAGCCAUCUCACUCAGGAUGGACCCUCUCCCUCAACCUCUGUUUGCCAUGAGUUGGAGUACAGAUGGUAAACUCCUAGCAACCAUCGCCAGGGAUCACGUCAUCAGAAUAUACGACCCACGAAACUCCACCUCCCCCGUUAACGAGGGGGUGGGCCCAGAGGGUAGCCGUGGCGCCCGCAUUGUUUGGCUAAACAACACUCGCUUAGCGAUGUCUGGAUUCAACAAAUCUCAUGGAUUUUGCCUCAGUAUGUGUCUUAUUCCCCAGGGAGACAACUCUAUCAUUGCCUAUGAGUAUGUGGAGGAUAAGGAGCCAUAUCUGUUUGAUGUUGCUCCAUUUGCAUGUGGAUCCCCACACCAGGGAGACAACUCUAUCAUUGCCUAUGAGCAUGUGGAGGAUAAGGAGCCAUAUCUGUUUGAUGUUGCUCCGUUUGCAUGUGGAUCCCCACACCAGGCAGUGAGUUACCUGCCCAAAGACCUGUGUGAUGUGAGACGAGUGGAGAUAGCAAGAGCUGUCAGACUCUGCAAGACUACUGUUGAACCCAUCUUCUUCAAGGUCCCCAGGACUAGGACGGAGUAUUUCCAGGAUGAUGUGUACCCAGAGACCAGAGUGACGGGGAGGCAGCUCUGA